CGCCGCUCACCUCCACGGCGCGCCUCGGUCGCCGCUCGACCUCCUUGGCUCCUCGGCCACCACUCAACCUCCAGCCGCAACCUUGGCUCCUCGACCGCCGCUCGACUUCCACGGACGACGCGCCUCGCCAACACUUGCUUCCGCAUAUCCCACCCUUCGUCGAUAUGGACUCGUGCUCCUCACUCCCAUGGUGUUGUGCUGGAUGCGUGCUCCACGGCCCCUCCUCCACGGUCUCGUAUGGGAAGGACUAGGGCGAGUCAUGUUGGUGCGGAUGUACUGGCUGGAACACACGUCUCAUAUGCCCUACCAGUGCAGGCCUGGACAUAUGGUCAUAAUUAGUUAGAUGCAAGUAUAUGAAUGAUGAAUGGGUGCUGCCUUAAAUCAUCAGCACAUUAGUGUUGCCCGAUCAAACGCUUGCCCUGGACAGCCUGCUCGCCAAAGUGGUUACGCCGAGCUGUAGCUGCUGGGCGCCCAUCUAGCCGCUCUGGGUGUGGCGUCACUCUUGUCCCCGGCAUCAGGGUUGGAUGAUUGUAAGCCGGAUGUACCAUUAACGGCAAUGGUGAGGAUGGACUGGGGAAACAAAGGAUACGGUACGACAAAGGAGGAUGAUUUCAAGGUUAUCAAAUUCGACAAUGUUAUUUGAUGUGCAUAAGGAUCCUAAACAAAACACGGUUGAUGUGAAACCAACUGAAUAUUUAUGGCCCCGAUACAACGCACGGGCAAUUAUCUAGUGGAAAAGAAAAAGGGGAAAGGAAGGGCGGGUGGGUGGUUGGUUGGACCUUGGUCGUCGAGUCGCGAGUAAAGCCGUCAAACCAGCCGCUCAGCCUCUGCUGCGACGGUCACAGGUCAGACGCAACAACUCGGAGAGAGCACACGAACGUUGUGCCUGGCUGGCUGGCGGGUGGGCCAGCCUGCCCUCGGUCUGGGUGAUACCAGAAGCGGACGAGAGAGAGAGGGGGCAGUUGGGUUGGGCCGGAUCUGAAAUCAUUUCAAUUCGAUUUUGAAAACCCACCGGAGCGACGCGUCGCCCACGCGCCCCUAUAAAAGAGAGCCUCCCACCCUCUUCCUCCUUCCGCCUCCUGCCUCCAAGCGCACCGCCUCCCCUCGCUAGCUUCUUCCCAAGUUCCCAUCCCCGCGACACUCCCUCCAUGGCGGCGCCGCUCAAGAUCUCCCGCUCGGCGCUCCAGGCGGCGGCCAAGGCCGCGGGGUCCCAAGACCUCCGCAAGGUCUCCCUUUCGCAGUUCCGCGCCCUGUGCGCCGCAGCCGGCGCCAACGGCGAGGUCAUCCCGGCCGGCACCGGCUCCUCCGUCGGCGCGCCUGGCGCCGCGGUGGGCGCAGCCGGUCACGGAACCAAGGGCACCGGAGCUGGGCUCGCCACGGCUGACCGCGGGGCCAACGGCGGCCACCGGAUCGGCGCGCCGGCCGUGUCUCUGUACGGCGCGAAGCUUAAGGGCGCCCAGGGCGCGGCUGCCGCGGGGCUCGGCAUCGGCGCUCCCGGCGCGGCUGGCCUCACCGGCGGCAUGAGCGUCGGAGCUCCGGCCGCCGGCGGGCAUGGACGCGGCGGCGCCGCAAGUGCCACGUUCGGCAUCAGGGCCGGCCUCUCCACCUCCACCAAGGCCGCUGCCCCCGGCUGCGUCGAGUGCGCCGCUGAGUGCGCCAAGAUCAAGGCCAUUUGCAUCGAAAUGGAGGAGUCGUUCCACAGGCGAACGGCACACGUUACCCAAAUGCACUACAGGCUCUCCAACGAGGUGGCGACGAUGAAGAGGGAAGCGGCGGAUUACAGGAUCUGGUUAGUGAGAACGCUCAUCGGGGUCAUGGUGACGGGAACUGGAGCCCUGCUGUUGUUGGCCCUUUUCUUCUCGCCCUACGUGCAACAUGCUUGGCAGUCGGAGACCAUCGCCGAGGUGGAUCGCCGAGCUGCAGCGCGCAGACUUGAGGCGGAGCAAAGUGCCGCCAACCAGGGCGAGAAGAAGGCCUAGGGCUAAGGCCAUGGCGGCAAGUGUCGGACCCCCUCCCUUUCCCUGCCCCAAGCUCGAUCGUGAAACAGCAGUCCCAAGCCUGAUGAUGACUUAAUGAAGUACUCCCUCCGUUCGGAAUUACUUGUCACAGAAAUGAAUGUACCUAGAUGUAUUUUAGUUUAGAUACAUCCAUAUUCGAGACAAGUAAUUCCGAACGGAGAGAGUAGCACCGUCUGGACUACCUUUCUAAGACUAUAGUUGGGCCUGUAAUAAUAUUGUUUUGUGAGACAUUUAUAUAAUCGAUCUGGGUUUUUUUCU